AUGGCCAGGCGCGCUCUGCUGUCCCUGCUGACGCUGUGGGUGCUGGCUGGGGACCUGCGCUGGGGCCCGGGGCCCGAGGCCCGCCCUGCACCGUAUGGCGUGAAGCUCUGCGGCCGCGAAUUCAUCCGCGCCGUCAUCUUCACCUGCGGGGGCUCGCGGUGGAGACGCUCGGAUUCCCUGGCCGGAGAAGCUGUGGGCGAUGCCUUCUUGAACGCGGAAGCCGAUACAGACCGCCUGGCUGGAGAGCUGGAUGAGGCUGUGAGCUCCAGCGAGUGGCUGUCCCCGAACAAGUCCCCCCAGGCCUUUUAUGGGGGGCGACCUGGCUGGCAGGGAACCCCAGGGGCUCCUCGGGGCAGCCGAGAUGUCCUGGCUGGCCUGUCGGGCAACUGCUGCAAAUGGGGGUGCAGCAAAAGUGAAAUUAGCAGCCUGUGCUAGUGCGGGGUUAGGGUUAGGGUUAGGGACCCUGGCGGGGCUCAGGUCUGGGAGCCUCGCGCAUCCAUUGGUCUGCAGGCUCCAGAGACCAGGCGCCGGGGGGCCCCCCAGCACAAUCCCUCACCCCAACCCACCACCCUCCACCCCCUCUUUGCCUUCCAGCCCCUCUCCCUCCAGCCCCCCUGCCCCAUCCCUAAGACUGGACCUGGGGGAUAGCGGGUCCAGACAGUGGGUCCUCCCCGC